UCUCUAUGGCAAAAAUGGCAGGAAGUAACAACAGGAAGAGGCCAUAUGGCUUGCUUCUGCUGCUUGCUCUUGGCAUGGCAGUUAUGUGCGCAGUGGUGCUUCACCAGCUUAGGGAGGGCAGAGUUCUUAGCCUCCUAAUCCAGGAAAGAGAACAGAAGCUUGCCACCCUUCAAAUCCUCUUGCAGAAAGAAAGAGAAAACUCAAAAGAAAUGAAGAGAAAAGUAGAUGACAUGAAAGCAAAGAUAUUUGCUUUGAGAAACCAAAAGAUGGAGCUUACUGAUAAGCUCGCAGAUACUCGGAACAUCGCAACUCAACUUAAGAAGAUGAGGACUGAUCUGGAAGCAGCUUUAGUGGAGAAACAAAUCCAGGUUGAUAAAUUAACAGAUGAAGUAGAGGAAUUCAUAUUAACGAAGCUUAAGAUUGCCAACCUGACAUCACUCCUGAAGCAAAAGGAAGAUGAAGUUCAAGAAAUGAAGAGAAGUCUUACAAAGCAAUCACUGGUAGAGAAUUCAACAGCACAAAAUGAGAAAUCUCUACAAAGAAGCCUUACUGUUAGUGAGGAGAGAAAAGGAGAAUGGUCUAAAUUUCAGAUAAACAAGGAUGAAGUUGACCUGAAAGCUGAAAAUUUAGGCAGUAGAAAUCAAGAAGAAGCUGAAAAAAAGCUAAAUUAUGCUGAGGGAAAUCAAACUGUGGGUGUUAAAGAAGUGAAUGGAACAGAAGAAGGUAAAGGCGAUGCCAAAAAAACUGAAGAAACAGCUAGAAUGGAAAGAGUUGACCAUGCAAAUGUUGAAGAGAUCAACGGACAACUGAAGUCUCCUGAAGGUUCAGAACUGGCAGCCAAAAAUGACAGUGAAAAUGCAGUAAAAGGCUUUGCCAAAUAUGAAAAUAUAAUUGGAUCUUCUUCAAAUCAGAGUCAGUACGAUUUGAUACAGAAAACUCAAGAUGUAGAAGGUAUGAAAAAUUUCUCAUUUGAUAAUAAAAGCACCACUGACUUUGAUUCUAGUGAUAGAAAAUUUUCCAGCUCCAAAACAGAAAUGGAAGGGAUUAAGCAAGUAACAGAUAAGAACGACAAAGUAGAAGAAGAUCAGAGGAAACAAGAUGAUGAGAACUCAAAAGCUGAAGGGCCAAUUAGCAGUUCAAAAGAUCUUCAGCUUCAAGAAACUGAAGUAGGUCAAAGCUCCCAAAAAGAUGGAGAUGGCUUCACUGAAACAAUGCAGAAUGAAGCAGGUAAGGGAGCCAAAUCCAUAGGACAGUCAGAAACUGUGGAAAAUUCGGAAGAAAGUGCAACAGAAAGUAAGACCGGUGAUGAGAAGCAAGCCGAAUCUGAAGGUCAGUCUGAGAACGCUGAGAAUCUUGAAGACUAA